AUGGAAGAAGCUGUCACGCGCCAACAUGCCCACCCUAACACCGUGUUUCACUGCCUCUACGGCUUCUAUUUCCUUGGGCAUUCGCGCAAGGAGCUCGCCCGUAUUUACAAAAAGACUGUAAAGACGAUCGGCAAUUGGAUUAACGUGUACGAGCGUACCGGAACCUACCAACGCGCAGACUCAAAGGUUCUUCGAAGGUUCACAGCAGCCCAUCAGCAGUGGUUGUGCGAUUAUUACGCUGAGCAUCCGCUUGCAUACCUUGAUGAGGCCCAAGAUGCGUUUUUGCGUGCUCAUGCCAUGACUAUCUCCAUUUCAUCCGUCUGGCGGCUUAUUCACGACGCUGGCCUAACACGAAAAGUAUUGGAGCGGCGAGCCAUGCAUAUCAAGGAGCUGGACGUGUUUCGAUUUGUGGAGGAGCUUGCGCAGCGAGGCUACUCGCUUAAAGGACAAACAAUUGCAAUUCGUGGAGAUUUUCAGCGUAAACCAAGGGUGUCCGUGCUGGCGUUUAUGGGUGUAGCCGGAAUCAUCGACUAUUACGACACUCAAGGAACGUUUGAUCGAGUCGAUUAUUUUCGGUGCUGCCAGGACUUUGCGUACUCCACUCGUGGAAAUGUCCGUCGAUAUCCCGGCUCAAACUCUGUGUGGAUACUGGAUGGUGCCUCAAUCCAUCGCGAUUCUGAAAUUAUUCACUUCCUGCGCAGUGUUGGAAUCCGACACUACGUAAAGUCGUCCAGCAACAAUUUACUGCCAUUUGUUGCAGAAACUUUCGGACGAUCUGAGAACUUCAGCAUGUCCAAGGUUUUCGAGCACUGUGGAUGGAGCAUGCAAGGUCACUUUGACCCGUGUGGUCAGUUGGAAAUGGAUUCCCGCAAUGCAGCCGGCGUCUCAACCAUCCAAGCACACACUAAUGAGGAAGGGGAACAGCAAUUAGGAUUCGUUUUAAGAGAAGUUGGCGAGACUCAAAGCUAA